GGUGCGUGGUGAGUCACAGCGGUUGGACCGAAUCGGUAAUAGUCAACUGGACUAGUUUUGAAUUUCACCUCGUUGGCACCCAAUGGGAGGGGUGGACUUUUGGGACACUACCCCACACGUGAUAACUGACCACCCAGUCUCUUCUCUUUCUGUCUUCUUCUUCCCUUUUGGAUUUCCUUUAUUAGUUUACUCACACACCUUGUGCUACAUUUUUUUUUUCUUUCUCUUUAAUUUUUUUUCUUCGUUACUAUUCAUUACUGCUACCAACUAAUGCAAUGACCAAAAAUCAAUGAGCCUUGCGAUCUUAGGGGAACAACUACAUGGCAGGGGCUUCGAAUUCCAAGAUCGAAUUCUUGGUGUGGUUGUCGCAAGUCAUGGGAGGACUCUGUUCGCGCUCCGCCGCCGACGACCGAGUUUUUGUCAACGCCGAUUCUGCUGCUCAGAGUAAACCUGCCGUUGAUGACGCCGCAGUUUUCUCAGUCGCGCCUCAGAGGAUGGAGAGGAAUCUUCCUGAACCUUCUAGAACUAACGGCGGAGCUUCUUCAGCUGUCGAUGAAGAGUUCUACGAUGGAAUCCCGCGCUUCCCUAAGGACUCCUUGACUCAGAAGCCUAGGUCAAAGGUCUCAGAGGUGAGUUCACGCUUGGGCAAAGCUGGUACUACUGGAAUUGCUAUUGGAAUUGAGAAAGCAGUAGAGGUUUUGGAUACUCUUGGGAGCAGCAUGACAAAUUUAAAUGCUAGCAGUGGGUUUGUUUCCGGAGCUGCAAUUAAGGGGAAUGAAAUUUCUAUCUUGGCUUUUGAGGUUGCAAACACAAUCGUCAAAGGUUUUAAUCUUCUGGAAUCUCUUUCCCCUAAAAGUAUCAGGCAUUUAAAAGAAGAGGUGCUUCUUUCACAUCCCGUGCAAGAUUUAGUGUCAAAGGAUAUGGAUGAACUUCUUGGGAUUGUUGCAGCAGACAAGAGGCAGGAGCUGAAGGUUUUCUCUGAUGAGGUGAUUCGGUUUGGAAAUCGUUCGAAGAAUCCUCAAUGGCACAACUUAGAUCGUUACUUUGAGAAGGUUAGCGGAGAAUUGAAUGCUCAAAGACCCUCAAGAGACGAGGCUGAAUCAAUAAUGAAACACUUGAUGACUUUGGUUCAGUUUACAGCCGAAUUGUACCAUGAAUUACAUGCUUUGGAUAGGUUUGAGCAAGAUAUUCAGCGCAAGUGUGAGGAUGAUGAUGAAAGAGGUGAUGGCAUUGCAUUCUUGAGGGCGGAAAUUAAAAAUCAAAAGAAGCAAGUUAGACAAUUAAAGAAAAAAUCACUCUGGGCUAGAAGUCUGGAGGAGGUUAUGGAGAAGCUUGUAGAUAUUGUCCAUUUUUUGCUAUUGGAGAUAAGUAAUGUCUUUCGCAAUAUAGAUAGCCACAAACCAUUAGCUGGACACACAAGCAAUCACCAAAGACUGGGCCCUGCAGGCCUUGCUUUGCAUUAUGCUAAUAUAGUGCUUCAAAUUGAUACUAUUGUGGCUAGAUCCUCUGUUCCUGCAAAUACAAAGGAUUCAUUAUAUCAAAGCUUGCCUCCUAAUUUAAAAUUAGCUCUGCGCUCCAAAUUACCAUCUCUUCGCGUUGUAGAAGAGUUAACUGUAGCCGAUAUCACUGAUGAGAUGGAGAAAACACUACAAUGGUUGGCCCCCAUGGCCACUAACACAUCUAAAGCUCAUCAUGGCUUUGGUUGGGUAGGGGAGUGGGCAAACACAGGCUCUGAGAUAAAUAGGAAGUCUGGUGCAAUGCGGGUUGAGACAUUCCACCAUGCAGAUAAAGACAAAGUGGAACAUUAUAUUCUUGAACUUCUUGUAUGGCUUCAUCGCUUGGUCAUCAGAAGUAAGGCAGGAAGUGAUACCUGCAAAGUAAGGCCUGCCACCAAGUACCCUGUAGGCGUUGCUUUGCAAAAGACAGAUGAACAGUCUACAAAUGCAGUAUUAUCAUUAUUGACACUGGACGAGCAAAACAUGCUGCAGGAUGUAAAUACGAAGAAACCUGUUAGACGAAUCAGUAAAAGCUUGGAUUUUGGCAGUGUGAGUAUUAGAUUGAGGGAGAACUACAGAUUGACCAAGAGUAGAAGUCAUUCAUCAAGUAAAAGCAAGGAGAUAUGUUUCAAUAGGAUUUUGUCUAAGCUUCCAGUGAUUGAUUUUGAUAUUGACAAAGAAAGAGCACUGAACGUGAUAGACAGACUGGAUGUGAUAAGGUAAUUGCAAGCUUUCUUGACUGCCUUUGAAAUCAAUUGAAAGGAGCAAUAGUACUGUACACAUGCAACAUUCUUGCUGUUGAAUGCCAUAUUUUUGCGGAACCUUUGGUACUUUGGAUUCGUUUGGGUGAAGUUCCAUAUGAUGUAGAUAUCUUUAUAUGGCACCAAGAAGGUAACUGUUGAGACGUUAGGCAUUCAUGCUUGAAUGAAUGUGACUGUAAAGCCCACUUAGUGUAGGAGCAGAGUGGACUAGUUCAUUCUUGAGUGUAUAUAUUAUGGUGUAGCCUGGAUACACUACCCAUCCUUUUUCAUAUGUCUUUUUCUUCUUUUGGUUUGGCUAUCCAAUGUAGAAAAUUUUAUUUACUGAGUUUCAUCAUCUCAGUUUUUAUAUUUA